CUAAAUAGUAAGAUAAAUUUUAGCCAAUCUGUUUCUUUAUUUUGCGGGCAGUAUGCUAGCAUGAAAUGUCUGCUUGAUGACAGCGUAUUUUGCCACGCAGAUCAUGCUUACACUUUGCUUGUAAUAUUCCGCCACCGUUGCACGAGCAUGAAAUGUAGGCACAACGGCAGCAGGCUAUGCUGAACAAACUUAUACCUGCAUUUUGCUAGCAAAUGCGGCCGCAGAUGCCUACGGUAUUGUCAGCAUAUCUUGCCAGCAUGUUUGGCUAUCUGGGAUUAUAUCUAAAAAACUUGCCAGGAAAUAGCUGUUUUACUAGUGAUUAUCAAAUAGGAGAAUGUAUAAAUAUCCUCGGGUGUCCAGAUGCCUUGGACCUUUUGCAAAUACAGGUCAAGACUCCUGAAAUUAUACGAACUCUUCGUAACUCACAGUGUGGUAUCGAAGGUCGAUAUCCCAAAGUUUGUUGUGCUCUUAAAAAUCAACUAUGGACACCUAAAAAAUCAAACGUUAUAUCGACGACGGAAUCAUAUAAUUCUGAUUCAAACACUCCGUCUUUUCGUCAACCUAGUGAUCCGUUUCUUCCUUCUGAUUGUGGUCGUGAUCUUUCUGUAAGGAUUAUCGGAGGUGAACGAGCUAGUAUUGAUGAAUUCCCGUGGAUAACUUUAUUAGAAUAUGACAACCCGGACGGAAGAAAAUCGGCACUCUGCAGUGGAAUGUUAAUAAGUAAACGAUAUGUUUUGUCUGCAGCCCAUUGCGUCAAUACUGAAGAUCUAAAAGCUUGGCGACCUGAAAGAGUAAUAUUUGGUGAAUAUGAUAGAAGAACAAAUCCCGAUUGUGUUAGCGAUGGUUACGACAGUAAAAUUUGCGCCCCGUCAAUAGUAAAAAUAGAUAUCGAAGAAAUUAUACAACACGAGGAUUACAAAUCAGUAUCACAAUCUAGAGAUAGAACAAACGACAUAGCUUUAAUUCGAUUAUCUUCACCAGUUGAAUUUACAGACUACAUCAAGCCAAUUUGUUUACCACACAAUGGAAAUAUUCCCCAAAAACUAUGGGUAGCAGGAUGGGGUGCUACUGAGAGUGGAUCUCGCUCUGAUGUUAAAUUAAAACUUGCUAUUUCUCCCUUUGAUCACGAAGAAUGUCAAGCGCUAUAUGGAAGAUCUUCAAUAUCUAUUAAAAACAAUCAAAUUUGUGCAGGCGGACAGUUAAGAAAAGACUCAUGUAGAGGUGAUUCCGGUGGUCCUCUCAUGUCUGUUGAAAGAACUGCUGAUGGAACUGGAAAAUGGACUGCAGUUGGGGUUGUGUCUUUUGGUCCUGAUAAUUGUGGUUUACCAGGUUGGCCAGGGGUUUACACCAAAAUAGAUGAUUACAUCAAUUGGAUAAUGAGAAGAUUAAGACCUGAACCGAGAGCUCAUUAUUGGAAAUGAUUUUUUUAAACAGAUUUGUCAAUAAUUUUAUUAAAUUACCAGUGAAUUAUCAAUCUUUUGUAAAAUUUUAACAUUUCAAUAAAUAUUACUAUUUUAAUUAUACAUCCAGUAGACAUUUGAAAUAAUUUUAAUUCAAUCC